CACAAGAGAUGGCUUUACUUUACACAGCAGUAGCUGUCAUUACAUAGUUGUGUUCAAUUUCAAAAAUCAAAGUUUACAGAAAGGCAACAACAUAGUAAAACAUAUUAGCAUGAAUUUCCCUUGUAUCUUACUACUACUUUCCACAAUGUGUGCUGAGGCUCUACCUUCACUUCACCACAACCAUCAAGAGCAGCUCAAGAACAACACAUCUCUGGAGAAUCGAAGCAACGGGAUCACUGGAGCCUGGCCAUCGAAGCAGCACCAGUACUACAAGCAUCGUGCCUUGAGAAGAAUCCAUGGAGCUGUAAACAUCAUGGGGUGGGGAGUCCUCCUGCCGAUAGGCGCAAUCAUUGCACGAUACUUUAAAGAAUCAAGCAACAAUUGGUACAAUCUUCACAUCAUGUCUCAGUCCUCAGGGUUCAUUCUUGGCACGCUCGGAUGGGGUAUUGGGAUAACCAUCAAGAACGAACACCACCAUAUGAGCAGCCAUGGAGUUCUUGGAACUCUAAUAUUUGCAUUGGCUACUCUUCAGCCGGAUGAAGAACACGACUCCCGGAGAUAUUGGAUCAUCUAUCAUAACGUACUCGGCUAUGCCCUCAUUGUUCUCAUCAUUGUAAAUAUAUUUCAAGGUAUUGGCAAUCAGAAGACGCCCAAGACAUGGGAUUUUGUUUAUGGUGCUGUUUUGGGAGUUUUGGGUGUGAUUGCUCUAGCUCUUCAGAUUCUCAGAUGGAUAUAUGUAUAGAUUAUUCUCACCUUGCUAUUUUGAUAGCAUGAACUUGGUUUUGUAUUUUUUUAUUUGGGGGCAAAUUUGAUUUAGGAGAGUAGAAAACGGUGAUGUAGUAAUGAUCUUUCAGUUUUAUUCUAUGCAUCUUUAUUCAAUUCAA